UAAAUCAAACAUUUUCGCUAUUUCUAGCUAUCAUUAAUCAACCGUGACAAGAAGAUUGAUUUUAAACACACCAAGAGAAUGAAUGUGAAAAAGUCUACAAGAAAACGAGAGUCAGUUUUUAAAGCUCAUGUACUUGAAAGACUCUACCCGCCUGAAAACACUUCAAAAGAUGAAACAGCACCUCAAACUCCAACAAACUCUCUGACGACAAAAUGCACCAAAAGUACACAAUCAAGAGUAGCUGGUACAAAGCUGUACACCGUUCAACCCCCAUCUGAUGGGUUACCGGAGGCUCAGACACAGCUCAGCCAUGCUAGCAGAGAAAGUCCUGAAGAAAAAUUGCCGUCUAGCUGUUCUGAAGCAGAAUCUUCAGAUGUUUUUGAAGAUGAGGAGCGACCUGCGAGAAAAAGGAAGAGGAAGAAGAAACACAGAAAGGGGACUGCAGAGUCAUCAGCUGAAACAAGCCUCACUACGAGCAAAGGAGAUGCACAAAGUCAAACUUUUCAGAAGGAAUCAUCAUCACAACCAACAAACACUUCAUUACUGACCAAGAACCAGAGAAGGAAACUGAGAAAGAAAAGGGCCAAGCUCGGUAGACUUCAAAACAAGCCAACAGUCAAAGCCACGGAGUUUACAUGCGAUGUGGAUGCACAGGGUCCUGGUAGGGGAGAUGAUGAUGGUGAUGAGGGUUCUGGAGAUGAGGCUACUCGGGAAGUGAUUGAGUUCGUUGAGGCAGUUUGGAGGGUUUACAGCUGUGACACAAGCAAAGCCCAGUCCAUGCACUCCCACUCCCAACAAUUCCAGACAAUGAUUGACAAGUUGUCAAAUGAUGAGGUGUCAAAGGAGGCUGUAAUUCGCUUAAGAGACAUCAAGAGGCUAUUGGUCCUCCAGGAUUUCCCACGGGCAAGGACGAAGCUCAGCGAGUGUGGGGACAACCAGAGUAGCACAUCUGAAUCAGAAAAUAUCUUGCUUUUCUCAACACUGGCUGAGUAUUGGAUGACUGAUAUUGCAGCCUCCGACUCAACCUCUGGAAUAUUCGCUGAAUUAAUGUCCAUUUAAUUAAACUUACUAGUAGCAGAAUCAUUAAAACCUCCAAUACCCACAAACGACUCAUAAACGACCGUGUCAGUCUAUAUAAAUACCUAUUCGGAAUACAGUACUUUUAAACAACUCUGAAUACAUUACUAUUUAGAAGCGAGAUAAGUCCACUACACGGGCACAAACAUUGAACACACAUGGCUGCUGAUAUCCCACGCAAUAUGUUCAAGUAAUCAGUGUUCGUGUUUCCUUUGAAACAGUCCUAUCGAAAAAUGUCAUUCAUCAUCUGGGUACACCUGCCAUAGUGGACAACAUUUUAAUUAAAAAAAAAUAAUGUUAUUACAGAAAGCGGAAAAACUUGUAUUUUCCCCAUAGUUUUGUAAAUUAUUAAGACAAAAGGUUUAUUACCUAUUGUAUUGUUUUAUAUUUUUAAUUUAUUUUGCUAGGUACCUAUAAGUGUUUUUUUUUUAAAUUAAAAACAACGAUUUGUUCUAAAGUACUCGUACCCACUA